AUGCCUUAUUUCAAAGCUAAGGAAAGUUGGACUCAUUUUUGUAUUCUUGGUGGAGUAAUUGACGAUCAAACCCCUACAAAGAAUAAUUUACUGGAUCUCCAGAAGGCUGGCUUGUGGAGGAAAAAGGUGGUAUUUGGAAAUAACAAGGCAAAUCAUGAAGAAUUCAUUGUAGCCCUUGAAAAGGCAUGCCCUAAACUUAAAGAUGGAGGAGGUUUGGAGCUGCUUUAUGCUGUUGGAGGUGGUGGAGGACAAAGGAAACUGGAAACUAUUCCAACUGGCCCAGAUGGCUAUUCCAGUCCUUACCUGAGAUGCACAGUGUGUGUUGGUCAAGCAGUCACCUAUGUAAGACCUUUGCAACAGGACUUAGACCUCAGCUCACAAUCCACUAGUCUGUUUGUAGGAGACAAGGAUUGCCCGACUGUUGAAUGCAUGUCAUGUGGCCAGAAAGUGAAUUAUGGUCACCUUAGGGUCCAUAAGGAGAAGGAGUGCAAAGAAUCUACACUUAUGGAUUGUGGUGAUGAACUGUCAGAUCCUUUUUUCAAGCAGGCCCAUCUCAUAUUGAUUUAAUUUCUGCAAGUGAGG